UUUCCCAUUCAUCUCAUCACACCAAACAGCCACCAUGAACUCCGGCGAUUUUCCGGUGACAAUCAAGCGAAGGGAGGUGGUCGCGGCCUCCCUACCUGUGCAGGACCACUGGCUUCCGAUGUCCAACCUCGACUUGCUCCUCCCGCCCCUACACUUCGGGAUCUUCUUCUGCUACAAGAACGUCGAAAGGGAGUCGCCGGAAAACAUGGCGGCGUUGCUCAAGAAAUCCCUAGCUCAGGCGCUGGUCUACUUCGGCCCCUUGGCCGGAGAGAUUGUCGCCAACGGCCAAGGCGAUCCGGAGGUUCUAUGCAACAACCGCGGCGUUGAUUUUACGCGUGCUUGUGCGGGUGUGGAGCUCAGAGACGUCGAUUUAUAUCGGCCGGAUUUUUCGGUUCAUGGCAAGCUUGUUCCCGUUCUGUUGCAUGGUCUUCUUUCCGUUCAGGUGACGGAUAUGAAAUGCGGCGGCGUAUUCAUCGGCUGCACCUUCGUCCGAUCGAACCGCAUAAAGCUCCUCCCCUCCUUCCGCCGCUCCCUCUUCAAUCCCCGCCGCCGGCCGAAGAAAGCCCCGACCGUCUCACGAGCCGGAUCUACUACAUCUACUCCGACGAAAUCGACCGCCUCCAGUCCCAAUCUAGCGCAAUGGCACUAGAAAAAGCAAACUCGAGUCCUUCGCCGCCUUUCUCUGGCAAACCCUAGCCUCCGCGGCCACCGUUGACCGCUCCAAGACGGUCAAACUUGGAGUGGUGGAGGUACGUGCGCACGCACGUGUUCAAACCUCU